AUGUUGGCGGUUUUUGAGAAAGCAAUUGGAAAACCACCUGAGGAGCUGAGGCUUCCUUCGAAUGUGUUGGAGAAGGCAAAGACCAGAGAGGAAAUUUUGGAGACUUUCCAAUCUUCAUGUCCUGAGAGCACGGUGUACUGUCUUUCAAAUGGGAAUUUCAUGGCCUUGUCCCAUGCCGACGAAAGUAUUCAAUCACACCCAAGGUCCAUAGUUGUCAUAGACGAUGUCUUCUGCAUUUUUAUAGGGAUUUUGGAGAACACUUGUGACCUUAGAAGGCACUACGGCCUUCCAAGACAAGCAACAGAAGCCAUGGUUGUGGUUGAAGCUUAUAAAGUUCUAAGAGAUCGAGCACCCUACCCGCCAGAUCAAGUCAUCAAAGAUCUGCAAGGAAAAUUCGCAUUUAUUCUCUUUGAUGCUAGAUUUGGUACCCUUUUUGCAGCGAGGGUGGGUUAUGCAUUUCUGAAAUGA